GCUUCAGAUUGCACUAUGUGGCAUCUUCUGGCUUUUUCUUUUUUCGUCCAGUUUGAGAAGAUGGAGGAUUACGCAGGCGUUCAGUGUGAGGUCUGGAAGAAGGUCACACAGGCUAGUCAUAAGAAGAACACAUAUCGUCAGUGGGUCAAACUUCCAGAGGGAAGUGAUUCCCCAGCCGUCCCGUACCACUUUGAGAUGGAGGGCUUCAACACUCUUUUGGAGUCCCACAAUGACAAAUACAUGAUUGACUACAGUGACUUCAGCUCACAAACUGAAUCAGACAUUUUCACACCCCCUGGAGGAAUGACCUAUGAGGAGUUUCCGGAUCCUCCUGAGGAGCAUCAAAUAUUGGCCAAUCCCCUUCAAGACUAUGUCAGCACCUCCCCUGUUAGCCACGCCCACCGAUUGUUCGGCCCCUUUAAGGAGAAGUUUGAGCGUCAGUAUGAAAGUGAGAAGGAGCACGAGGAGCGCGAGAACAACUUCAUACAUACUCUUCGGUAUGUGCACUCUAUAAACAGAGCCGGUCUUACAUACAGCGCCGGUAUCAAUCACUUCUCCGACUGGUCAAAGGAAGAGAGGAAGAAGUACUGUUAAAAUUGAUUAGUUGAU